UCGGGGCUGGAGUGACACUGCAGUGGGCUUCUUCCCGGCCCCAGUCCUCCGGCUGCGCGGCCCCCACCUGCCAGCGCUGCGUUCUGGGAGCGGCGUGGCUCCUUCAUCCUCCCGCGCCUCCCUCUGGUCCUCCACCCACCCCUCGCGACCUCACUCUUCCUCCUAUCCGCGGGGCCGCGGCCGGCCACCCCUCCCCGCCGGCGCAAGCACUCAGCCGCCUCCAACUCACCCCCAAGCCCGUGUCACCCACCUUCCUUCUCGGGGGUCCCUCCACAAGCCAGCCCAGGACUCCCCACCCCCGAGAUCGUUUUGUUGGACCGCUGCACCGCGGCGCGCCGCGCUCGAGGACUUUAUUAUUAUUUUCAUUCUUUUCAUUUCCUCUCCCUCUGGGCAACGGAGCAAUGAAAUUUCCAAUCGAGACUCCAAGGAAACAGGUGAACUGGGAUCCCAAAGUGGCCGUUCCCGCGGCAGCGCCGGUGUGCCAACCCAAGAGUGCCACUAACGGGCAGCCUCCAGCCCCGGCCCCAGCUCCGGCUCCGCGCCUGUCGAUUUCCUCCCGAGCCACAGUGGUAGCCAGGAUGGAAGGCGCCUCCCAGGGGGGCCUGCAGACCGUCAUGAAGUGGAAGACAGUGGUUGCCAUCUUUGUGGUUGUGGUGGUCUACCUCGUCACUGGUGGUCUUGUCUUCCGUGCGCUGGAGCAGCCCUUUGAGAGCAGCCAGAAGAACACCAUCGCCCUGGAGAAGGCGGAGUUUCUGCGAGAUCACGUCUGUGUGAGCCCCCAGGAGCUGGAGACCCUGAUCCAGCAUGCCCUUGAUGCCGACAACGCGGGAGUCAGUCCCAUAGGGAACUCUUCCAACAACAGCAGCCACUGGGACCUCGGCAGUGCCUUUUUCUUUGCGGGAACCGUCAUCACCACUAUAGGGUAUGGAAAUAUUGCACCAAGCACUGAAGGAGGAAAAAUCUUUUGUAUUUUAUAUGCCAUCUUUGGAAUUCCACUCUUUGGUUUCCUAUUGGCUGGAAUUGGUGACCAACUGGGAACCAUCUUUGGAAAAAGCAUCGCAAGAGUGGAAAAGGUCUUUCGAAAAAAGCAAGUGAGUCAGACCAAGAUCCGAGUCAUUUCAACCAUCCUAUUCAUCUUGGCUGGCUGCAUUGUGUUCGUGACGAUCCCUGCCGUCAUUUUUAAAUACAUCGAGGGAUGGACAGCCUUGGAAUCUAUUUACUUUGUGGUGGUCACUCUGACCACAGUGGGCUUUGGUGAUUUUGUGGCAGGGGGAAAUGCUGGCAUCAAUUACCGGGAGUGGUAUAAGCCCCUGGUGUGGUUUUGGAUCCUUGUGGGCCUUGCCUACUUUGCGGCAGUCCUCAGCAUGAUUGGAGACUGGCUACGAGUUCUGUCCAAGAAGACAAAGGAAGAGGUUGGCGAAAUCAAGGCCCACGCGGCCGAGUGGAAGGCCAACGUCACGGCCGAGUUCCGGGAGACACGGCGGCGGCUGAGCGUGGAGAUCCACGACAAGCUGCAGCGGGCGGCCACCAUCCGCAGCAUGGAGCGCCGGCGGCUGGGCCUGGACCAGCGGGCCCACUCGCUGGACAUGCUGUCGCCCGAGAAGCGCUCGGUCUUCGCCGCGCUGGACACGGGCCGCUUCAAGGCCUCGUCCCAGGAGAGCAUCAACAACCGGCCCAACAACCUGCGCCUUAAGGGGCCGGAGCAACUGAACAAACACGGGCAGGGCGCAUCCGAGGACAACAUUAUCAACAAGUUCGGGUCCACCUCCAGGCUCACCAAGAGGAAAAACAAGGACCUCAAGAAGACCUUGCCGGAGGACGUCCAGAAGAUCUACAAGACCUUCCGGAAUUACUCCCUGGACGAAGAGAAGAAAGAGGAGGAGACGGAAAAGAUGUGCAACUCGGACAACUCCAGCACAGCUGUGUUGACUGACUGUAUCCAGCAGCAGGCCGAGAUGGAGAACGGCAUGGUACCCACGGACACCAAAGACGAGGAGCUGGAGAAGGACUCACUACUUGAAGACAGAAACUAAAUGGGAAGGAUUCUGGACUUGAACUGAGCGUU